GAAGACUCACAAGACUCUGCACUCCUAAACCCCGGAGAGCAUGAUGGGAGACCUGGGGAAGAAGCUGGUGGAUGGACUGCUGGCCGACCUGAGGAACCUCUCGGCUGAGGCCAAGAAGAAAUACCCGGUGGUGCGGCAGGCAGCAGAAGGUUCUGUUCUGAAGAUCCGCACCAUCUCUGCCAAGGAGGAGGAUACAGCAGCAGCCAUCUCUGCUGCAAACCUGGAGGUUCUCCAGCCACUGGUGCUGGGCUGUGACAGUCGCUGCCCCAGACUGGUCCAGAUUUCACUCACAUCUAUACAGAGGCUCAUCUCACAUAGGGCUGUGUCAGAGGCUGGAGCAGAACAGAUAGUGGCUGUGCUGUGGGGACUGAUGGAGGCUGGGAUGGAGGAACUGAAGGUUCUACAGACCAUCCUGGUGCUGAUCACCAUGUCUGGCAACCUGCACCAUGACCCACUGGCUAAGGCCAUUGUUGUGUGCUUCCGGCUGCACUUCAGUAAGGACAGUUCUGUGGCGAACACGGCUGCAGCGACCGUUCAGCAGGUCGUGUCUGUCGUGUUUGAGCGGCUCGUGGUGGAGGACGGAGAUGACAAUCCUAACACAGUAAAUUCUGAAGUUAAAGAGAAAACAACAUCAAGUCCCCGUCCAGGUAAGAAGCCACCUGUGUCGCUGGGGCCGUGUGCAGCUGAUGCCUACCUGCUGUUCCAGGACCUGUGCCAGCUGGUGAACGCAGACAGCCCCUAUUGGCUGGUGGGGAUGACUGAAAUGACACGAACCUUUGGCCUGGAACUGGUGGAAAACAUCCUGACACAGUUUUCACCAGUCUUCUUCAGGCAUCCAGAGUUCAGUUUUCUGCUGAAAGAACGAGUCUGUCCACUUGUCAUCAAGCUCUUCUCACCCAACAUCAAGUUCCAACAAAACGUGGCGGCUCCGAGCACAGCAACCACCGCCGAGAAACCGUACUUCCCCAUCUCCAUGCGGCUGCUCAGACUGGUGUAUGCUCUCAUCAGUAACUACUACACUCUACUGAUGACGGAGUGUGAGAUUUUCCUAUCGUUGUUAGUGAAGUUCCUAGAUGCAGACAAGCCCAGCUGGCAGAGGGUUUUAGCUGUGGAAGUUUUACACAAAAUCUGUGUACAGCCAAAUAUGUUAAGAUGUUUUUGCCAAAGUUACGACAUGAAACAGCACUCCACAAAAGUCUUCCGCGACCUGAAUGCAGCCGUGGGAUCGUACAUCCAGACCUUGUUCCUCCUGGCACCUGCAAACUCCGCUAGCUCCGGGGGCAGCAGCCAAUCAGGUUCUCAGGGGACUGGCAGUGACAGCAACCCCCCUGCAGUUCUGGGGGGUCUGCCCGUGUCAGGGGGGACCACCCCACCACCAGCAUUUGAGUACAGGGGGAUGUGGAUCCCACUCUUGUUCCAUGCCAGUGCAGGGGUGGCCAAACCCACAUUUCUUGAGAUGCUGGACAAGACGGACCCACCAGUGAUCCCAGAGGGGUACGGCCUGUCGGUUGCCUUUGCCUGCUUACUGGACUGUGUGCGCAGCAUCAGCACCAUCAUCUCUGACAUCCUCCCACAACAACCUGGCGGGAAGCUGCCAAAAAUCGGGAAGAACAAGAGCAAACAGUUCGUCAUCCCGAGUUCUCCACAGCAGCUGGAACCAGCUGACCAGCAGUUGUGUGAAACGUUAGCCACUUCCUCAUGGACCAGUGUGCUGGCAGCCCUGUCCCUGCUACUGGACUCCAGUAUGGAUGAGAGUGCGACCCAGUCCAUCCUGCAGGCCAUCCAGACGUUUGCAUCCAUCUGUGGCCAGCUGGGCCUGACCGUGCCGCGUGAUGCAUUUGUGACAACACUGUGUAAAGCCUGUCUCCCUCCCCACUACGCCCUGACCAUCCUCAACACACCAGGGCUGGCUGCCGUGUCCAAGGAGAGAGGGUUGAUGCGGACAUCCAGUAAAGACUCGUCCAGCCAGCAUGUACACAACAGCACGCUGGGUGACCAGGUCGUCGCCGUGGGAACAUCACUACCCACUACAUCAUCCUCAGCCUCCGCACAGGUCAUGCUGACAGUUAAGAACAUCCAGUGCAUGCGGUCACUCCUGGAUAUGGCACACUGCCACGGACCCAUCCUGGGAACAGCCUGGCACCUGGUGCUGACUACACUACAGCACCUGGUGUGGGUUCUAGGCCUGAAGCCAGCAGCUGGAGGAUCCCUGAAGGCCAGCACGACUGAUGCUCCCAAUGCUGUUCUGACGACGACAGUCCUGACUGACUUGCCAGUUCUCUCCAACAUGCUGUCUCGCUUGUUUGAGAGUUCACAAUAUCUAGAUGAAGUUGCAAUCCACCAUCUUAUAGAUGCUUUAAGUAAACUUUCUCAAGAAAGUAUGGAUGCUGCCUUAGCCAACAGGGAGCCGUCCCUGUUCCCUGUUGCAAAGUUACUGGAGACGGGGCUGGUUAACCUGAACCGGGCUGAGAUCCUCUGGAGACCAGUCACAGCGCAUCUGUUAGAGGUAUCCCAGCAUUCCCAUGGGCAGCUGCGUGACUGGGGUGCGGAGGCGAUUACCCAGUUGGUGAAGGCGGCGCUCGCACAUGACUACGAACCCCCGCUCAAGGACAACAAGAAGUUACAAGGUUUGCUGCUGACUCCUCUACAAGAGCUCUGCCAGAGCAGCCAUGUGGACGUGCGGCAGAAGCAGCUGGACUGUGUGCUGCAGGUUCUGCAGAACAACGGCGACAACCUGGGGCACGCCUGGCCUGUUAUACUGGAGGUGCUGGGAGCUGCCACAGAUCAGGGGGAGGCAUUAAUUCGGACGGCGUUCCAGAGUCUGCAGCUGGUGGUGACGGACUUCCUCCCUGCCAUGCCGUCUGUCUGUCUCCAGGUGUGCAUCACCGUGGCAACCAGGUUUGGCCUGCAGAAGAGGGAACUCAACAUCAGCCUCACUUCCAUUGGCUUGUUGUGGAACAUCUCUGACUUCCUGUACCAGAACAAUGAGAAAAUCCGUAGCGACUUGGAGCAGGACUAUGAGCAGCCUUCAACAACAACAGGAGAGAAGUCAUUGCUUGGCCCAUCAGACAGCCUGUGGAUGUGCCUGUACUCACGGUUGGCAGACCUGUGUGUGGAUAGCAGGCCAGCGGUCAGGAAGAGCGCCUGUCAGACGCUGUUCUCCACCAUCCAGGCGCACGGCGCGCAGCUGGAGGCCACCACCUGGGAGACUGUACUGUGGCAGGUGUUGUUUCCCCUGCUGGACCGUGUGAAGGCAGCGACGGGUCAGGUGGAGAAGGAAGACGACAAACAGUCCAGCAACAACACCAACAUCCUCAUCCACCACUCACGCGACACGGCCGAGAAACAGUGGGCCGAAACACGAGUUCUCACGCUGGCCGGCGUGGCCAGGGUCUUCUGUCACCGCCGCCAGGCCCUCGCCCUGCUGGAUGGCUAUCCUCGUGCAUGGGCCCUGCUCCUGGAGCAUGUGGAGUCUGCUUCUCUCAGCCCAAGUUCCGAGGUUUCUGUGGCGGCGCUGCACAGCUUCCAGGAACUGCUGGUGGGAGACCAGGUGCCUGAUGCUGUCAGCAAGACAGAUGGGCAGGAACAGGCUGAACAGGAAGCCUCUGAUGACCAGAACCGGCUGUGGUCCAAUGCCUGGCGUGUCUGGUACGGCAUCGGGACCAGCUGCACCGUCCUGCCGCAGCCAGGGGAGGUCCCUGUCGUCCCGUCUCAGCAGUUCCUGGCUACCCUGGUGCAGAUCUUCCCUCCGCUGUUCAAACACAUCAGCCACCGCUUCGUAGCCAGUGACCUCGACAAGUUUGCCAAGGUUGUCCAGACAGCGGUGUCUGUGCCUGUCCAUGCCGAUGCCUCCCCAUUCCUCAUCCCCCUGGGUGGGCUGGACUCCAACCUGUCCCCACUGCAGGACUCUGUACUCAGGGCUGUGGAGGGGCUGCAGAAGGCAAUCUCCGUGGGGCCUGAGCUGAUGCAAGCGAUGUACCCUGCUGUGUUUGAUCUCCUGCUGACCUUCGUGCAAUACUCCUGCCAGCCUCCCAAAUAUGGGACGUUGGAGACAAGAUCCACUAAUGGACCUGACAGGAAUUCGCAGGUGAAACUUCCAGGAAAGGUGCAGUGGGUGACCUUGAACUACUCACCAUUCUCAGAGAAGUCGCUGGUGGUGGUCGUGGACCUGUACAAGAAAACAGCCUGCCACAAGGUGGUAAUACAGGAGAGUGUCUUAGAGAAAAUCAUCAAGGUUGUGCGUUUGCCCCUGGGGCUGAAGUACGCCUGUCCCAGCAGCUCCAUGUGGAAACUCGCCGCCCAGUCACUGCUGCAGGUGCUGGAAGUCGGCUUACCUGUUGCUAGGCAACCCACGAACGCACCGGCAUUCAGCACGAUGUGGACGCAACUCGGCCUGGCACUGGACGACUUCCUCUUCUCCAAACACCCAGCCCCCCCAACCCUGUCGGUGGAGCAGCAUCAGAAGGAUGAAGCCAUCGAUGUCCAGAUGGUGGAGCUGAUGAGACAAGACAUCCUUCCGCAUGCUGACAACAUUCCGGCACAAUUCACUCGGAAAAUUAUCUCCCUGCUCAACAAGGGAUCCAUUCAUUCCACCACCUUCGGGAUACCAGAAGGAGACAUGUUGGUUCGACUACGGGAGAAUUUCUCCCGCGUGUGUUUCCAGACGCUACUGGAAUAUUCCUUAGCGACUGGAGAAAACUCUGCCGGCGGUGGCAUCACAAAACUGGCGCUGACAGCCUUCUUACAGCGAGCACAAGAUGUCCUGGUGAAGUACACUCAAGACGAGAGGCUGAGUGGGAAGUUGCCACUGCCAAGACAUCGAAUGACAGAGGUGACCUUUGUGCUGCGAGCUGUCACAACCCUUCUGACCUCCCUCAAGGUCACUGCUGCUGACAGAGUUGAUGCUGCAGUGUGGAACCAGGCAAUCCAGCUGUACCCGGCACUGGUGGAGUGCGUGACGUCGUCGUCGCCACAGCUCAGCGAGGCCCUGCGGGAAACACUUCACCUGUACGCUGACCUGCUUGCACCCCCACAGCGCCCCCCGGUGGCAGACAUCAGUACUCCAGCCAGAAGACCUGAACCCAAAGAAUAACAGUUUCACCAGUCUUGAGAAAUUUGUAGAUGCCACUUUCCUUUAACCCUUUUGAAAAGAGGUUAACCUGCUGCCUGCACUCAGAUUGGGAAGGGUUAAAGUUGUAAAAUGGAAUCUUUGGAGGAUUUUAGAUAAUUCUAUAUUGCUUUCAUGAUGCUGUAAAUAGUAAGAUUAUUUAAUCUGAUGCAGAAUUAAAUUGAUUAUAUGUGUCUUAAAUGUGUAAGUAUGUUAGAACAAAGGCAACAUACUAUAGUGUUAAGUUCUGGUGGUACAGACUUGACUGUUUACAUUUAUGUUUAUGGUUUGUUCACGCUCUUGGUCACCUGUUAACAAUCAGGUCCUAAAAAAUGUCAAGCGAAGCGACUGUUGUCAGGGCAGAGUGCAUUCCAAUGUAUCCUAAUUUUUGUACAGGUGAAAUAAGGAAGCAGAUUUUCCAUGACAACUUGGCAAAAAAUGUCCAAACAAGAAAAGCUUCUUUUCCAGAUAUGAAAAACAAACAUAGGAAGAAUCUGUUUCGUUUUGUUUCUCAUAACUGGUAAACUGCCUCAAUGUGUAUAACACACGUGUACAUGUAAGAUCAGACUGUAAGGUUUAACUCACACUGGGAUGGACCCCUACUCUUUUCAAUAAGCCUUUAGAAUGGAAUGCAAUGCAAUCUAAGACUAAGUAUUGGCCAAACUUGCCUGAAAUGCCUGUUAUGGGCAGAACUUUGAAAAAGGUUUUUAAUGAUGCCUGAUGUAAGAUUUAUCUAUCAACCAUGUCCCUGCUACCUAAUGCCAUAAGCAAUAGGGAAAUAGUAGCCAAAUGGCUACUUCAACUUCAGUGUGCUGAAUUCUCUGAUGAAGAUGAGAGAUGACUCUGGUUGAAGAAGUUUUUUUUUCAUGCCAACAGUGUUGUGCAGUGGGGGGCAGGGCAUGCAUCUGAAGACAUUUACUCCCUGAAACAGGUACAGACUCUCCUCUCAGGCUCUACUUUCAUGUUCAUCCUCCAGUUUGACUAUACUUAUAUGAUAUCCUAGAGCAAAAUGUGUGAUUGAUGUGGGCUAACCCUUUAAAUGAGGAAAGGUAAUGAAUGCAUUUUUGGGUUAGUUCAAUUUUCCAGUAUUCCAACACUUGCUGAUAAAGUUACUGCUGUGCCAUUUGACAAAUUUGUGGCUCAAACUGUAAAUUUGUGAAUAUAUGGCAACCUCCUUAUGCUCAUGACAGAAUUUGUGCGAUUUUUUUCUCAUCAGUCUCCAACCUACCUCCCACCCCUACUGAACCACACACAUUCAGGAACUCCCCAUGACUUUGCUCCAGACCAACCAAGGUCGGCACUGGGUGGAAUCUGUCCUAUUCUACCUCCAGUUUGCUCCUCUGAUCUCAUCCAGGACGAAUAUGCCUUUCUCGAUUUUUAUUUUUUUCAAACAUUAGACGACCAGUAGGCAACGUCAAUGACCAACGCCAACCUUGCUCACACUCACAGGCUAACUCCCAACUAUGGUCUGAAGAAGGUCCAGAGGCCAUGGUCAGUUCUGUGGCUUUACGGAAAAAAAGUUCCCUUCUCCUGGUGCUUAAAGGGGAGGGGUAAUCAUAGAUUAGGAAGCCAAAACUAUGCCAACUUUUUCAGUAGGAUCAGUGUGCCUUUACAGCCUGAGUGUGUAGAGUCGGUUGACAAGCAUACAGACACGUACAUGUACAUACAUGUAUGUAUUCCCUGCUUCCAUCGGGCCUGUUAACACUCUCAGUGAGUCAAACUUGUAUCAAAUAUUGAUGAUUUUUAUUUAGUGCGAAGAGAUUCUGUUCCAGUCAGCCAAGCUUAGUCCAAUGCCUAGAGGUGAUCUCUUGACCUUACACUCAGCAAAUUGGUUUUAGAAAUAAAUGGUUUGUCACCGCCGAGGAUAAAAUAUUGCCCCAGAAGUCUGUCCCACACCAGUUUAUUGGAUCCGAUCCAGCAAUGAGUAUUGUACAUUUUCAAUUUGUCUGAAUAAAUGUAUACUGGUUAAGGUAUUCAAGAUGUGUUUGUGUUUUUAAAGAAGUC